GCGGCAGCGUGGGUGGUUCGGGCGGGCCUGUGGUGCCCACGCCGCUGGUCGCGCUGCCUUCCCUCUCCUUCACCGCCGCCCAAGUGGCCGCCGUCUGCGAGACUCUGGAGGAGAGCGGCGACAUGGAGCGCCUGGGGCGGUUCCUGUGGUCGCUGCCGGUGGCGCACCCGCACCUGCACGACCUCAACAAGCACGAGGCCGUGCUGCGCGCGCGCGCGCUCGUCGCCUUCCACGUGGGCAACUUUAGAGAGCUGUACGCCAUCCUGGAGUCGCAGCGGUUCUCGAAGCCGUCGCACGCCCGCCUGCAGGCGCUGUGGCUGGAGGCGCACUACCAGGAGGCCGAGCGCCUGCGGGGCCGCCCUCUGGGCCCCGUCGACAAGUACCGCGUCCGCAAGAAGUUCCCCUUCCCGAGGACCAUCUGGGACGGCGAGCAGAAGACGCACUGCUUCAAGGAGCGCACGAGAUCCCUCCUGCGGGAGUGGUAUCUGCAGGACCCUUACCCGAACCCGAGCAAAAAGCGGGAGCUGGCCUCCGCCACCGGCCUCACGCCCACGCAAGUCGGAAACUGGUUCAAGAACCGUCGGCAGCGCGACAGAGCCGCCGCCGCUAAAAAUAGGAUGAUGCAAGGUCAGCAGGGCGCGGGCGGGGCGUCCAGGGCCUCAGAGUCACGUGACGCCCACCACGAUGACGAUGACGAUGACCUCAUUAACCCGGGGUCACCCACGCCCCUCGAUGACUCCGAUGACGAGGACCUGUCGCUUGGUACUCACUCCCCCCCACCUGUGUCCGAGAGCCCCCUCCCCACCACGACCCCGAGCGAGGGAGGGGUCGUGUCCCGUCGGCCUCCCCCCCACAGAGCUCCCCCCUUCCCCUCAUCAAGACGGACGUGUCGCCGAUCUCCGACAUGCUGCACACGACCACGACGACCACCACGUCCCCCUCCGACGUGUCCAAGUCGUACCUGGUGCCCCCGAUGUCGUCCCUGCCCCUCAUGA